CGCGACUCGGCUAGCCCAGAAUUUUAAAAAAAAAUGAAUUCCAUCGACGUUAAAAAAACCAGCCUGCAUUGCUAGCUUUCUGUUCCGUGUUUCGAAAGCAACCAUUUGGUCGUACAUACCGUAUGACUGAGUACGUAUGGUACGGUACUAAGUACGCCGGACGACUUGGUUCGGUCGGAAACCCCACCGCAGCCUCUUCCGCUCUGCGCACUAGUAGCAAUCGCCCAACCACAAAACAGCAACACACCAUGGCCGACAACAAGGAAAUCGAGGAGGUCCCCCCGGAGGACCCCAUGGCAUCCGCCAUCGAUAGAGCAAAGCCGAUCCUCGCCAAGGUAUCCUUCGGCUCGAUCGUUGGAUACUGCAGCGGGGUCGCCCUCAAGAAGGCGGGGAAGCUCGCGGCCGUCGUUCUGGGAGCCGGCUUUGUGGCUCUGCAAACCUGCGCUUCGUACGGGUACCUCACCAUCGACUGGGACAAGGUAAAGGGUGACGCCAUUAAAAAGGUGGACACGGUGAGUUGAGACGAGUCGAGAUAGAGUCGAGACGAGACGAGUUAGCUUUGGCGCAGUGCGGUGUGGCGUCAUCGAUAGUGACCGACAACAUGAGUAGCAACUACAAGGCAACACUAUUUGCACGGAAUGAGUGGUAGUCGAGGAUCGGGGUUCGAGCAGCUUGGGGCUAUCGUGCAUUCCAAUACGAUUUAGUGAAGACAGAGGCGAACGCACAUGAGAAUAGCAAGGAAAAGGAAAGGAACGGGGAAGGCAGCGUUGAUGGAGGGGAUAUUUGCGUCGGGUCGAGUGUCAACAAAUAUGUGGAAAAUGCUGCACAAAUACGAAAUAUGGUGCCUUCCGUCCUUCCAUUCAUCAAUCUGCAAUAAAGAACACGCGGUUUACGAAAGCCACAACAAUGACUUUGCUGCUACAUCCUGAAUGGAAUUACGCUCUCUGCCGCUGAAGAGGAUCGGAAUUGAUCAAGGAAGAAUAAUGUUUACCCCCUAUUCUAUUCGUCGCUAAACAAUACCAUUGUUGUUUCUGUCCUCUUUUGUUGUUUCGUAUUCUUGAUUUUGCUCGCAGAGCGGCGAUGGCACAUUUGAUGCAGGUGACCUGAAGGUAUACUGGGCAAAGCUCAAGUCUUUACUGACAGCGAACUUGCCAAACAAUACAGGAUUUUCUCUUGGCUUCUUGUACGGUAUCAAGCAAGGAUAAACGAUUUUUUAUGAAUGUAUGUAUCAUAUUUCUACUCUUCCAUACCAACCUGAUUACGUAUACAUCUUUUAUUCAACUCCAUUUUAUGUUAUUGCAUGCAACAAAAUCAACCGUCUCAUUCAUAAAAUCCUGCGCAUAAAUCGCCAUUUUGUGCACCAACGCAAGCUCGACAUUAUAAACUUGUUUGACAAAGUUUCAACUUGUACCAGGACAAUGCAAGAACGAGACCAUAUUCUUCUUGUGUCAAGAAGGAUCUCUUCGUUAUUCAUAUUAUAUAUCGCUUGCCUUAAAACUUUUGUCACAUGUCAGCUGUCUCAAUUUUUGGUAAACACUCUAGUGCUGUCCUGUGUCCCAUCACAUCGAUUCAUAGUACGAGUACUUUAUUCCGUGGGAAAUGUAAGUAUCUUGUUGUUCCAAAUUCAUUCACCUUUAGUCGUCCGAACGCUCGACGAACCACCACUUCUCUGUUCUAAAGUCCAGAAACAAACUUUCAAAAAACCCGUGAACAGAGCUGAUGCCAUACACCAUGGAUCAAGCAACUAUUUGGAUGACCCCUGAGAUCAAUGGGAGGUCCAUUACAGUAUCACGUACAGUAACUCGUGUUCAAUCACAACAACCAGGUGCCUCAUUCUUAACGCAUUCGACACCUGAAGCUUCACCCCAAGAAGGAUCAGAACUAGUCGAAUGGUGUCUGCCAUCUGCAUGGUUUUGGCAAAGAAGUCCGUGAAAGAGCAAGAGUAACGUACCAAUAGGCUAUUACAAAGUUCUUGAUGUAGAAUUGCAAACCAUGAAGAAAAUGUUACUUGAAUUAUCUAUUCCGAGGACCACGACAGGACCACACGGUGGUCCGUACACAUAUGGUCCUGCAGUCCUGGCAUAAAAAUAACCCUAAUUU